CCCUUCCCUCCUCUUCCUUUCCACGGGCAGCAUCACCGCUCGGGGCCCGCAUGCGCAGUGGCCGGAGGAGGGUCACGCACGGAAAAGGAGGCUCUGCUUGCAGAGAGGGCAAAGUCGAGUGGAGUAGCAGAGGACCCUCUUCCUCCUCCUCUUCCUCCUCGCCCCUUCCUCCUUUCCUUCCUCGCCAUGGUGCUGGAGAGCCUGGCCCGCAUCAUCAAGGUCCAGCUGCCCGCCUACCUCAAGCGCCUGCCGCUCCCGGAGAGCAUCGGGGGGUUCCUCCGGUUAACAGUUUCAGAAUGGCUGCGACUGUUGCCUUUCCUGGGUGUCCUCGCUCUGCUUGGAUACCUUGCUAUUCGUCCAUUCCUUCCCAAGAAGAAGCAGCAGAAGGAUAGUUUGAUUAACCUCAAGAUCCAGAAGGAGAAUCCCAAAGUAGUAAAUGAAAUCAACAUUGAGGAUUUAUGUCACACUAAAGCAGUAUACUGCAGAUGCUGGCGCUCAAAAACGUUCCCUGUUUGUGAUGGCUCUCACAAUAAGCAUAAUGAAUCAACAGGUGACAACGUGGGUCCAUUAAUACUAAAGAAGAAAGAAGUCUAGCAAACUUUCAACUGAACCAUGACUAUUAGGAAGUCAACUUGCACCCAUUUGUGGCAGCAUUUUCAGUCUAAUAAUUGCUGUAGACUUGAGUUUUGAUACCUUUUUGAAGUUACCUUACAUUUAUAGACUGUGGUAGACAUGCCGUGAUACUUUGUAUGGUCUGCAAAACUAUGUAUAACAUAGCAAGUGUGGGAGGAACCUGUACACAUCCAUGUAAAUCAAUGUGUUCUAUUUUCAUAAUGAAGUUCCCAAAGUUGAAAACUUACCUGUAAUAAAAAAAAAAGUUACUUUAAACAGUGGUCCUGGAAAUGUAUGCCAGAAAGAAGCUUUUUCUGCGCUUCCAAGAUCUUGGACAAAGUUUGGGUGAAAAGAUUGUAUGUCAGACAUUCUUACCUAGCCUCUCAUCCCAAAUCAGAAAUCCAGUGUGGGGAGGAGGGUAUUUGGGGAUGUGGUAGAAAGACAGAGAGGAUGUGGAUUUUUAAUCCCCUAUCAUUUCCCUACUUUUAGCCGCUAGCCAUUUCUCUGAGUUGGGGGAAGUUCUAGUGCUCCUGGGAUACUCUCCUUACCACUUAGGCAUGGGCAAUCCAUGGUUCUGAAGAACUUACAAAACUAGGGGGUGCUGGUGCUUUGCUUCAACAAUGUUGCUAAAGUUCUGGUGGUGAAAAUUUCAGAACUCUACCAAAACUUUCAAAAUUUCAUUAUUAUUUAGUUAUUGGUGAUUUUGCUACUCUGCUGCUGAGAAUGCAUGCCCAGUGUGGAACACAUCUCACCACGCUAAAACAGUAGAUGUGGCUCUUAAUGAGACAUGUCGCAUUAUCACGGGAUGUCUGCGCCCUAUACCACUGGAGAAAUUACACUGUUUAGGGCACCACCUGACAUCCACCGGGAAGUAGCAGCCAAUAGGGAAAGGACCAAGGCAGUGACAUAUCCAGCGCAUCCCUUGUUUGGAUAUCAGCCAGCACGUCAACGACUUAAAUCAAGAAAUAGUUUUCUAAGAUCUACAGAGAUAGUCGCAGGAACAUCUCAGCAAGCGAGAGUCCAAAAGUGGCAGGCUCAAACCCAGAACCUCAACCAAUGGCUGAUACCAAAUGAGAGACACCCCCCCCCCCCCCGGCACACAGAAGACUGGGCGACUUGGAAGGUACUGAACAGACUGCGCUCUGGCACCACGAGAUGCAGAGCCAACCUUAAGAAAUGGGACACAAAGCAGAGUCCACAAUAUGUGUGCGGAGAAGAGCAAACCACAGACCACCUAUUACAAUACAGCCUGAGCCCUGCCACAUGCACAAUGGAGGACCUUCUUACAGCAACACCAGAGGCGCUCGAUGUGGCCAGCUUCUGGUCAAAUGGCAUUUAAUAUAAUUCCAAGUUUUUAAACUUUGUGUUUUUAAAUACAUUACAACUGUGCGCUUGGUUCGUUCCUGAGAUGACAAAUAAAUAAAUAAAUAAAUAAAUAGCCUCCACUAGAUAAAUUGUUAUAUGAUUUGGCUACUGCUUGCACUAAACAAAAUGAGUUUAUACCAGUGUAUAUGACAGAGGAAGGCAAUAUACUCUGAAGAAUCUGUAGUCCUGUUUAUGACAAAUUUCAGAUCACUUUUCUCGAAGCGACUUAGUCAUGUUCUGAUCGGCUGAACCUGUGACUCCAAGCCAUACCAGGCUCCAGAAGUCAUGUGCAACCCUCGUAUCAGACAAGUGUGAUUUGCAUUCCUCAAAUUGUUUGGGGUUAUGUUUGGUUUGUGCUCCGAAACAUAGCUGCCGCCCCAAAGGAAUCGUGCCAGUAUUAGCCACACUCAAAAGCUCUAGACUGUUUGAUAGCAACUGUUUUUAUCCUCAUGGCAACCUGUUAUAUAAGUGGCCUUUGUCAAUAUUUAUAUAUGCAAAAAUAAAUAUCAAAAUAGGUUCCUUUACUCAUGUAUCCACAUAUCACGUCUCAUUCAGAUAUUUGAAAUGUAGCCAAAUCCAGAUUUCUGCUGAACCAGUCUGCUUUGCUGGCUACCUGUCUAGUAAAAAGAAUGUUUUGUGGAAUGUAUAAAGUAUUUUGUUUAUUUGA